AUGAGGCCUGAUCGCAGCACCAUUGGCCGAGUGCUGAAGGAGUCCGAGCGAUGGGCGUACGGCGCUAGCCGUGUGGCGGGCAGGAAGGCAGUGAAAGACCGCCUCACCGUCGGCUUUCUCGUCAACGCCGACGGCUCGCACACUUUCCGCCCCUUGCUUUUCACCCUCUUCAUCGAGCAGCUGAACGCAGCCAUGUAUGCCGAGGCCGCUCGAUCAGGGGCUUAUCGCGAUGGCGAAGGCGCGGUACCGGCAGCAUUGGCUGCGCGCCUUACCGCCCGCUGGAAUGCGGAAGGAGCUACCUCGUGCGUGGCGCGCUUCAAGCCCAACCUCCGCGACGUCGUGGCCUGGCUCAACGACGCGUGGAUGAACAUCGAGGUGCGCACCAUCCAGCGUUGUUGGUGGCGCACCGGCUGCCUGUCGCGUGCGUGGGCCAUGGACCUUCCACUUGUGGGCGACGACGCCGUCAAUGUGGGCCGAGAUGUGGACAUCGGCCUUGACGAGGAGAUCGGGGAUGUUGGCAUCCUCAUCGAUCACCUCGGCCUCGGCUCAAGCGCCAUGCCGGCAGCGGCCUUGGUCGCCAUUGACGACAACCAGGCAACCUGCGCAGAGCCGGGCGAGGAUCCGCUCGCGACCGAGCCGCCUACCGCGCCUUCUGCGGAGAUGUGGGAAGCCCCCGCCACCAUGCAAGCCGUCUACGAAGACAGCAACCCCGAGUCCCGCGAGGCACGGCGCUACGCUCGAGCGGCCUCCAAGAUGCUCAUCGGCUACGCGAAGGCAACCAGCAUCACCCCGCGGGACUUGUGCGCGCUCUUCGACAUCCGCAACCCCAUCAUCAGGGCGCGUAUGGAGCGCGCCAGCCCGCCUAUUAAUCUCAACAUGACCCCGCCGCCUGCCUUGCGUGAGGGCGACGCGCCAUCGGCGAGACACCUCGUCGCCGUGGCCGUGUGCUGCCGGCAUGGAUGA